UGGUGUGGUGAGGUGCUGGUGCCCGGGCGAGCUCACCCUGGGCCUGCGCCGAAGCCUCCAUUUCCACACACACACACACACCCGGCCCUGGGAGACCUUCCCUUGGGCUGCCGCUGAGUUUAGCCGUUGGGGACGGGGAUCAGGGGUCGUGCCCAUUGGAAUCUCCCCUGGGCUUGGGGCUGGUCCCUCGAGAUGUCGUGUGUGCUGCAUUUCCCCCAUCACUCUGCAGCUUCUCUCGUGCCGUCCCCUUUCGAACUCCCACUAUCUCGUCCCCCCCCCCCCCCCCCCGGAGAAAAACUUCAUGGCACCAUCCGGGUGAAGAGGGUAAGGGACCCUGCGACGAUUCUCACCACUUGGAAACGGAUACCUCAGGAUGACCGCAAGCACCAGAGGUGGAGUUUUCCUUGGUACUGUUGCUGCAGCAGGAAUGGUAGCCGGAUUUGUUACAACAUUAUCAUUGGCUAAAAAGAAAAGCCCUGAAUGGUUCAAUAAGGGAAGUAUGGCCACGGCUGCCUUACCGGAGAGCGGGUCUAUCCUUGCCUUGCGAGCCUUGGGUUGGGGCUCACUUUAUGCGUGGUGUGGUGUUGGUGUGAUCAGCUUCGCAGUCUGGAAAGCUUUAGGAGUACACAGUGUCACAAAGCUUGUCUGCAGUUUUCUUCCUUUCUCUCCCUCCACCUCGUGAGUGAGUACCCAUGAACUGGUCUGUGGGAGCCCUGCGGGCCGGCCGGAGAGUGGAGGCUGCGAGAGUGAAUUUCCUGUGCCCGAGGGGGGCGCUGUGUCCCCGCCAGCCGGCAGGCAUCUGCCUUCCGGUCGCCUGGCCCGUCACCCUCGUGUCCAGGAUGGCGACCAUCAAGUGUGAGCUUAUCAAGAAUUUCACCUCCGAGGAGGCCGUUCAUCACAACAAAGUCUCCAUUAUAGGAACCGGAUCGGUUGGCAUGGCCUGUGCUAUCAGCAUCCUGUUAAAGGGCUUGACCGAUGAACUUGCCCUUGUGGAUGUUGAUGAAGACAAACUGAAGGGUGAGACCAUGGAUCUGCAACAUGGCAGUCCGUUCGUGAAAAUGCCAACUAUUGCCUCCAGCAAAGAUUACCUUGUCACUGCAAAUUCCAACCUUGUGGUCAUCACAGCAGGUGCACGCCAGGAAAAAGGAGAAACACGGCUUAAUUUAGUCCAGCGCAACGUGGCCAUCUUUAAGUUAAUGAUUUCCAAUAUUAUCCAGUAUAGCCCUCGCUGCAAACUGAUUGUUGUUUCCAAUCCAGUAGAUAUAUUAACUUACGUGGCCUGGAAAUUGAGUGGAUUUCCCCAAAACCGUGUUAUUGGAAGUGGUUGUAAUCUGGACACUGCCCGUUUCCGUUUCUUGAUUGGGCAAAAGCUUGGUAUUCACUCUGAAAGCUGUCAUGGGUGGGUCCUUGGAGAGCAUGGAGAUUCCAGUGUCCCUGUGUGGAGUGGAGUGAACAUCGCUGGUGUCCCUCUGAAGGAUUUGAGUUCAGAUAUAGGAACUGAUAAAGAUCCCGAGAAGUGGAAAAAUGUCCACAAAGAUGUAAUUGCCAGUGCCUAUGAGAUUAUUAAAAUGAAAGGUUAUACUAAUUGGGCCAUUGGCUUAUCUGUCGCUGAUUUAACAGAAAGCAUUUUGAGGAAUCUUAGAAGAGUGCAUCCAGUUUCCACCAUAAUUAAGGGUCUGUAUGGGAUAAACAAAGAAGUAUUCCUCAGUGUUCCAUGUGUCUUGGGAGAGAGUGGUAUUGCAGACCUUGUAAAGGUGACGCUGACCCCUGAAGAACAGGCCCGUCUGAAGAAGAGUGCAGAAACACUGUGGGAAAUUCAGAAGGAGCUUGAGCUUUAAAGUUGUUUGAAACUAUCUAUCAGAAGUUAUUGAAGAGAUAGUAGGUGUGGGGUUGUAUAUGUCAAAUUUUUUAAUAAACUUGAAAUUGCUAGAAGUUGGAAAUAGGAAAGGAAGUACAGUGACUCAUCUGUUUAUUCCCCAGCUUUUUUACUUAGCAUACAGAUGUCAGGAUGAUUUUUUUUUUUCCCCACACAAUUCCUAAGUGACUGCAUCAAAGGUUUUUUGUACCACUGAUGUGCCAGUACUUGCCAUAGACAGAGAGAGAGUUGCUAUUUGGUCCAAAAGGAUAAAGGAUAUAGGUGUUUAUUGUGUUACAGAAAUGAUAAUUUUCAUUAAGUACAUGUUAAUUUUUUCAUUCUGGCUGGCUUACACCUACUGUGUUCAUUUAUAUACUGUAAGAAGUUGUGACUUUCUCUACAAUGUAAAAAUAAAUACACAGACAGAAGUACUGUAAAGGAGCCAUCAGCUGCCUUUGUGCCCCUGUGACAACCUUUCCGAUGAAAGACUUUCGAAGCAAAAUGCAAUCAAUAUUUCCAGCAAUCCCCAAGAACUCCGAAUCGACUCUUGAGUGGGAGGAAGCAUUGAAAUCCAAAUGAGAUAAGCAUGGUGAGGGAAGUCUAAAACGAUUAUUUUGGAAAGGGUGGCUUCAGAGAUGCCACAGAAGCAAAGGGGCCUCGAUUGAUUUAUCAUCAGGAACAUGUGCAUUGUUGACUGAAUUCAUGGGAUAGAAGGCGCUCAGUGUCCACAGAGGAGGCCGCCAGUCUGUGCACUUUACUUUAAAAUUCACAUGGGCAUGCGUGUGCCUAAGGUUUUCCCAAAACUGGGAAGACUAUUUAAAAAUAAUCAUAUGGAUAACCUCUCUGUGGAGAAGAUCCCAGGAGAAGUACGUCUGUUUAUAACAGCUGAAGCCAAGUUUUGUACCUGAAAAAAAUGUAUAAUAACAUACGAUGGAAAAUCUUUAUAGACAGACUCCUAACCACACUUAGUACCUCAAUGUGUCUAAUUAAAUGACUUUCAACAGCG